AUGGCACAGACCAGGUCCAGAAUCGGGGCCGACGCCUCUGAAAACACCGCAUCAAGCGAUCCCGACGCUGCGGAGGAGGACACACCAGUACCUGAUGCUUUCGAGACGAGUCAUCAUGGUGAUGCAGAUGAGCAUGCUGAAGAGGCCGACGCUUCAGCUGAGCUUGAUGAAUUACCGAUUGAGCUGAUGACCCUCACAGACAGUUUCAUUGAGUCUCUGAGCGCAAAAGUGCACUCGACGCCGCCGAGUAUCGAGAGAUUAUCGCGCUUAUUUCAGGACUUUUAUGCCCUCGCAUCUUCUCAUAUAAAUACGAAUAUAAGCGCUCUUAUUGUGCAGCAGACUCGUCGUACGUCGUCAGUUCCCUCUCCGUCGUCGACACCAUCUGCAGCGAGUCGAUUCCGAUCCAAGGCUGCAUCCCUGGGCUCAAAGGACAAGCCAAAAGAAGAAGGCGAACGACAAAUGAUUACUUCCGAAGAACUAGCCAAUCGUAAAAGGCUCAGAAAAGCACUCGAGCUGAAGAGAGGGUUGCUAGAGGAAGCCGUUGAGCGAAGAUUAUGCGAAGGAAUAUACCACAGAAUCUACAGGCAUAGAAGCACGCAGGACGAGGCCCAGGACGAGAAGCUGAGGUCGAAAACUGCAGCCCUAGCUCUUGUUGGAAUCAGUCCCUUGGACCUGGGCGUGGACUAUGGUGAAGAAGCGGCGCAGGACCCCGAGGCCUCGGCAGCCGUGACUUCGCAGAUGCGGGCGUCACUGGCCGAAGCAAGAUCAGACAUGGUCAAGAUGAGCCGAGGACGGUAUCCUCUAGCCAAAGCCAAUCAUUUGAAGGCGGCUCACAGGAGCAUUGUCGACACGCUUGCCCAAGUUCAUCCCUCUGCGUCCGCAGACGAGAUAAUGCCCAUGCUGAUAUACACGCUCAUCACCCUGCCACCCGAGAAGCUCAAUGUCAUCAGCGACAUGCACUUUAUCCAGUAUUUCCGUUGGGCGCAAAAGCUCACGGGCGAGACGGCCUACUGUCUCACCAACCUGGAAGCGGCCGUCAGCUUCCUCCAAACGGUAGACUUGUCCACCUUGCGACCAGAUGAGCAGCCGUCAGGGCCGCCAAAACCCGACGGUCAAGCGGCAGGAACACCAAAGGCCGAGACCUUCCCACCGGCUUAUGGCGUGACUGCGCCAUCUGCAAGCGGUAGCGAAGCGAGCAGCGACAGCGCCGCGGCCCCGAAACCCAGACCAUCCCCGUUUGGCCUCGGAGCUGGCCUCGGAGCCGACCUCGGAGCUGGCCCUGCCCUGAGAAACAGGAGGUUAAGCGAUCUUGUCAACAGUCCUGCUCAAGCGCUUGGCGCCGCCAGUGGCGCCGUGUUCAACACCGCCGACCAGGGCCUCAAGACUAUUUCCAACAGUCUGGGAGAUAGCUACGCAUUUCUGCUUGGAAAGCUAAAGGAGCGCCAGGAUCAACCCAAGGAAUCCAUCAUGGUUCCUCGCACGCUGGAUGACGCCCGCAAACUCGUCAGCACUCCACCCAUGGACGACGACGACAACGCCAGCACGACCAGUUCUGCCGCCGCCGCCGCCGAGGGCGUGGAGCAGCAGCCCAAACGUCCGUCUGCCCGUCAAGAUCGCGCCCUAAACCUCGCGGGCGGCCGGCGUGAUGCCAGCGCCGACAGUGCCCUCAGUGGCACCUCUGCUGCCGGCAGAAAGCCCGCCCUCGCAGACGACCUCAAAAGGUCCAGUACGCCCACGUCAGCAGCAACGCCAGCUCCGGCAAUGCUCGACUCGGUGCGCAAUCUGGGCAGCUCCUUCAACCCCAUCGGACGGCUAUCCAGCAUGGGCAUGAUUCGCGGGUUUGGACGCACCGCUCCGACUCCCUCUGCUUCCACGAACAGUACACAGGCAACCGAUGGCGGGGACCUCGCAACCGCAUUCCCCGACAUUGCGCCGGCGCUACCUCCCAAGCAAGUAGUGGUCCCCAGGAUCCAGCCUCCUAAUAAGCGUUUCAUGGAACUCCAGAGUCCGGGCGAGCUAAAACUGGGAGAAGUUCGCGAGCUGCUCAAGGACUAUCGACGCCUGGCUGUUGUAUUGAAGAACCUCGGCGCGUUCAGCGAAGAGUGA